UAUUUCUGCAUAUAAAACAACUGUAAGUGUCUGGUGCAGGAACAUUCAACAGAAGCACAAUAAUAUUAAUUUCCUUACUGACAGCUGCAGUUCUUCACUUAUAGAUUAUCUUCAGGUAAAGAUGUCCUGCACCAUUCUGUAUCCGCUGCUGCUUCUUCUGUUCAGCUGUGCCUGUAUGUCUGAGGUCCAGCAGGAAGAGAAGGAAGUGCAGACUGAGGGGACUGAGCGUUUGAAUGAAGAGGAAAGUGCUGUUUUGACUUCUGCUGAGUUUCAGCACUUUCUCCCAGGGAUCUACGCUGAGCUGGCAGAGCUGAGAUCCACUAUGAGGUCUCUGAAGUACAGACUGGAGGUCACUGAGGAACAGCUCAGGAAAAAAGAAUAUAAAGUGGCAUUUGCCGCCACACUUGGACCCAUUGGAAACUUUGGACCUUUCAACACUGAGAUCACUCUGGCUUACCAAGAUGUGUUUGUGAAUGAAGGAAGAGCUUACAACCCAACCACUGGUAUCUUCACAGCACCAGUUAAAGGCGUCUAUUUCUUCACAAUCUCCGGACAUAACCGCUCAUCUAGGGGAAUGGGUCUAAGACUCUUUAAAAAUGGACAACAGAUGAUAACUGUUUACAAUCAUCCUCUCAGUGACCGCUAUGACACAGGAUCCAACUCAAUCUCUUUGACUCUAGAGAGAGGAGAUCAUGUCUAUGUGCGUCUCCGGGAAAAUACAUGGGUCUUUGAUAAUGUAAAUGACCACACUUCAUUUGUUGGCCAUUUACUUUAUUCUCUUUGAUGGUCUUAAUAAAUUCAUGUAAAGACAUCCAGAUUCAUAAAUGCAUUACAGAACAUCAUCUUAUGAGGCUAAAGUCUUAAUGUUUGUUGAGUCAUAUUUCGUGUUAUUUGAUAGUUCUAUUAAAAUGAAUUGCUUGUAAAUAUAAACUUUUUUUAAGAAACUUAAUUUGUGAUUUUAGCUUUCAUCGUCUCUUACAAUAGAUUUAAUUAUUGUCAUUAAUGGCGGGUUCCUUUAUAAUUUUACUGAACAAUAUGUAAUGUUAUGAUUACAUGACAAGCACAUUUUGCAACACAGUAUCAUUUUGGUAUACGAUAUCCAGUUUGUAUUUGUCAUUAUGUGCAUGCCUUUGUUAAAUAUCUCCAUUGUUAAUAAACUUUUUACACACAGAAUUCAACUUUCGCUU